AUGUCAGUGCUGACGUAUCCGGACAACAGAGGAACAGAGUUUGUGGUCGGCUUCCUGCAGAACCACGGAGACAGCGAAACCAAACUCGAGCUGCUCCUUAUCAACCCGAGUUCAGAACCCGCCAUCGUCACCAUCACUGCCCCAGGUGCCAACUACUCGGAGCAGUUUAUCGUGACUGACACAGCUGUACAGGUGGUCACCCUGCCACAUUCCAUCAUGCUCAGGGGACACGAGCGGGCUCAGAAAGGCGUCCUCGUCACCGCCGACCGCGAAAUCAUCCUGUACGGCGCGAACAAGCAGAGUGGCAGCACAGACGGUUUCCUGGGUCUUCCUGUGGACGUUCUCGGCAGAGAGUAUUUUGUAGCUUCCUACACUUCUGCAUUUCAGUACAAUCCGUCCGAAUUCGCCAUCUUCGGUGUUGAAAGCGACACUUUAAUCAGCGUCACUUUGAAGGGGACUGUGUACCAUGACAACAAGUACCACUAUUCUGGAAGCGUCAUCACGUUUUCGCUAGACCGUCUGGAGGCUAUGCAGUUUCAGGGUGAGUACCAGUCGGACCUUACAGGUACCCACAUUGUAUCCGAUAAGCCCGUGUCCGUCAUGUCUGGCGUGCGGUGUACAAAUGUACCGAACCAGUAUCGGGCAUGUGAUCACCUAGUUGAGCACAUCCCGCCCGUCAACACCUGGGGACGUCGCUUCGUCACGGUUGCGCUAGCCGGGCGUCGAGCAGGGGAUAUUUUCCGCCUCGUGGCGGCCAGAAACGGCACCACUGUCAACGUCACCGGUAUAUCGCCUCGUACGCUGGACGCAGGCGAGUUCUGGGAGCUGGACUUUUCGUCCAGCACCUACAAGUCCAUCACGUCAUCUCAGCCGAUCAUGGUACUGCAGUACAGCAAGGGGCUGGAAUCGGACGGCAUUACAGGGGAUCCCUUUAUGAUGUACCUGCCGUCGGUGGAGCAGUUUGCCGCUGACUACACCUUCCCCACUGUCGACGCAGGAUACUCCACAAGCUACGUUAACAUCGUCAUCAAGACGUCAGAAACGUCCGGGCUGACGUAUGACGGCAACCCGCUACCUUCCAACACGACCUGGGCACCCAUCCCAGACUCUGAUUUGUCCGCUACGCAGCUUCACAUCGACACUAAGGGAACACACAAGGUCAAGCACGAAUCCGCGAAUGUCAUCUUCUCCCUUACUUAUUACGACUUCUCCUCUUAUGACUCCGUGGGUUUUCCCCUGGGUCUCCGACUGGCCAACAUCCCAGGCGGAUGUGAAAUCCCCAGAGAUGAUGACAGUGACGGUCUCAUUGAUGAAGAUUUAGCUGACACUGCAGCAGAGACGACUACUCUAUCAUUGAACACGACAAAGGAGCCGACCGAUCUAUUAUCCAACACGACAACAGAGCCGACCACUUCAUUUAACACGACAGCAGACCUGACGACUGCAGUGUUCAACACGACCACAACAACAGUCACAACAACAGAGCCGACCACAACAACAGUCACAACAACAGAGCCGACCACAACAACAGUCACAACAACAGAGCCGACAACAGUCACAACAACAGAGCCGACCACAACAACAGUCAAACCAACAGAGCCUACCACAACAACAUUGCCAAUAAAUAUCACGACAACUCAGCUUUCAACUUCACCAGACGAAAGUGGGACGAUGGCUACAACAGCUGCUUAG